UGGUUAAUUUCUUCUUCUUCUCGCCACGUGUGUCUGUUUUCGCUCCUCAAACCUGCGCACAAGAUGAACCCCAGAGACGAACAUCCCCCCAGGCCCAGGCCUCCGGUGGUCCCCUCCGUCUCCUCCCGGACCCUGCAGCACCCCUCCUUCCUGCCUCUGUACCUGGCCGCUGGGUUUGCUCGACAGCAUGGAGGCUGGGUCAACCACACAGUCCAGGCCAUCACCCCCGAGGAGUUCUACUACACUGACCCCACCGCGAGCUGGGGGAGGCGGAUCCCCAACAUGGUGACUGAUUUUGGGUUCUAUGAUUGUUUCCAGCUCAACACUCCACCACCGGUCAUGUCCGCCUGCCUGGCCCCACCGAACUGCUCAGACCCGUUCGGACCUGGGCCUCACCCCACUAGAGACCUGGGCAGCCCCAAGUGGAAAACGAACCCCGGCCAUUUACCAGUGCAGUCAAGCCGGGGCAUUUUCCAGCUCACCCAGGAAGAGGACCAGGCCAUCACUAACCUCCUGAAACUGCACCACCAGGAGCCUGGACCCGGUGAUGAGACCCCGACUGAGGAAGUGUGCCAGUCCUCCUUUGGGGACGGGCAACAUCCGAGUCAGGAUGAUUUUGGGGAUCAGCUGCAGGAGGGAAGAUAUUGGUCCGAGGCAGAGCUUGAAGCGGCUGACACCCUUCUGAGUCGCUUUAGCCUCGUGGAGGACGACAGAAUCUGGGCUCAGUGCCUCCAGAAAACAGCAAUAACACCUCCUGAUCCUCUCCCACACCAGAAUAAUACAGAUUUGGCGUUAAGCACCGAAACCUAACAAGGAUCUGAGUUUAACCACAAUAAAAGCCACUCAUUCCGCUGAAAAUGUCCCUGGGACGAGAAGCCAGGCUGCGGGGACUUCUUCUGUUGAGGACGUUAGUGUCAUUGGAAUCGUAGGAACUUUGAAUGUCCUGCAGGGAUGGUUUCAAACCUGAGGAUCCCAUUGUCCAUGGAUGGAAACAUAAGCCGAGCUUAAUUUUUGUUUUUUUUGUGUUGAGAAAAGUAAAUCUACUAAAAAAUCCUUUAUUUGUUUAUGAGGCUAAUUUUCCCUUUCAGGUGAGAAGGAACUCAGUAUUUUCAUGUCUCUGUUUUGAGUGUUGCACAUU